CACGAGCUCCCUCUACGUUCGCUGGUGUGACGUGGUUAAAAAAGCGUCGGUUGUCAACGGUAAUCCGAUAUCCAGAAGACUAGCAAUUGAUUCAGCUUGAUCUAGACAAGAUUGAAAAAUGAUUCCAAGAGUUGAAAGGUAUAGACAUCCAUCCAACAGAGCUAGCUUGAUGUAAGACAAUGUCCUCUUCCAGUUUUUGCACAAUGACAUCUUUGCUUGUCUUGAGCUAUGUCUUACUUCUCCACUGGAACUUUGUCCGUUGUAAGCUCCAAUAUGAUCCUGGAGGAUCUGAAGACCUGGACCUUCAUGAUGCUAAAGCAGCUAUUGGAAAGUACUUCAAAUACAGCAUUCCAGAGCCAAGAAUGAAAUUAAACGAGCAUAAAUUCAUUUAUGAGGUAUCAGAGGUUGGGACCAGCUCUAUCCCCACAUGGCUUGACUUCAACCAAACUUCUCAUACACUCCAUGGAAUUCCUUUGAUCACAGAGAAAGGUUUCUAUUUGAUGAAGGUAUCUCUGUUAUUCAUGUCUGACAAUACAACAUCUGUUCAAGCCCAAGACAUUUUUGCCAUUGAUGUAGAUUUUGAAGCAUCACAGGAACUGACCAAGAAAGACAUCUUAGCAGGUGUUGGUGCUAAACUCCACCAGACAUUAUAUACUGUUGGGAAAAUGAGUGAGCGUGAUACAUGCAGGAGAGGUGAAAUCAAGACUCUUAUGUCUGUAUUGUUUGAUGCAGAUGUAAACCAACUCAUGGGGGCCAGCAGAAUAUCCUUGAUCACCAGUUUAGCUUCAUUUGUUAAUCAACCCUUAGAAGAAUUCAUCAUGAGCUCCAAGCAUAGUAGUGUUAUGUUGAAGAUGCAGAAAGAUGUUGUGAUUGCAGCUGGUCCGGGUAACGUUCGCAAUGCUGGAAGCAAUGAUGGAAUUGUCGUAUCAUGGCCACUUCCCUGUGCGACACAAAACCUUAUUAUCCAAUUUCCAAAGGUGUUGUCUAGAAAUAUUGCAUCUGGGCACUUCAGAGACACUACUGGCUUCAAUGUGAUAAAUUGGUAUAUAACAAAAGUUAGCAAUGAUGGUGUGAAUGCUAGAGGACGUUCAAAGAGAGAGGCAGCAAGGACUAUGGUACCAACUCCCAAACCAUCGCAGACUGCCUCGGUCAUGACUACAACCUCUCUGCUUUCAAUCUCAUCUACUGCCCAAUCAAUGCAGACUAUUUUAACAUCUUUAGAAUCAACACAUUCAUUUACAUCAUUACGCAGUGAGCAGACAAUGUCAUUUUUUUCAUUCAGUACAUCUGGAUUUGAAUUUCCAACAACUCCAAUGGACCUCUUCUCCUCUACACCUACAUUGACAAGUUUUGGAACAGAGAGUAGACAGGUAUCUCUUUCACAGUCACUAUUCAUGACAAGUUUGUCAACCUUCUUCAUGUCGCCUACAGCUGACGUGUUUAGUUUGUCAGUGCAGACAUCACUUUUCUCUCCUACAUCUCAUCAAAGAACUACUUCCUACCAGACACAAAUCUUGUCACCUUUGGAAAGUUCAACAGAAGAAUUUUUGACCUCCUCUAUUUUCAUUUCAAGUGAUAUAAUUUCACGAAGUAAUAUAGUCUUUCCCAGUGUACACAGUACAUUGGAUGAUAGUCAAAGUAUAUUUAAGUCAACUGAUAUAAUUUCAUCUUCUUUGCAAAUAACCAAAUCACCAAGUAUUUCUUAUGAUGAAUCUGUUCCAUCAACCAGCUCGGUAUUCACAGUGCUUUCUAGUCAAUCCAGUGAGAGCUUAACCAGCAAAGUUUAUAUAUCAAGUAUGUUUUCAUCUAGUUUACUAUCUACCCUUCGAAGCUCCAUAUUGGAUUCAACUGCUUUUCCCGAAAUGUCCAGUGGUGGAAGUCUCAUCCCAUCAGUAUCUACAGGUCUUACAAUAUCUUUAGGAGCUUCAGACUUUGAAAGUACACAUACCUUAAGGUCUACAUCAGUAGAUGUAACAACAUCUUCCCAGAUUACAUCAACACCUUCAGAUAGUGCUAUUUUGUCAACUUCUCCAUAUUUAUUUAGCACUCUCCUGUUUUCAUCAGAGAUAACUAUAUUUUCCACUGGAUAUGUUCAGACAUCAAAUAGCCUAAUGUUAACCUUGUAUGUUGAGACUAGUUCAGGAGGAACAAUGAUAACAAUGCUUUCAACAUCAACCCCAAUGUCUUCACAAAUUUAUAGCAGUUUAUUCUCAACAACGAGCAUCACAGCACCCUCGCUCACAUAUGUAACCACAAGUGAAGUGACAACACUUAUGACCUCUUCAGGAGUAUCCUCCAAACAAGAUGUUUCAACAGCUACUGCCGUUUUUCCUACAUCACUGAGGUCUAUUGAAAUCCAAUCAUCUGACAUUGUUCAAAGUAGAACAGUCUUUCUCUCAUCCACUGUUGCACCUCCAAGUACUAUGUCAUCUAAUUAUGUUUUAAGCCCUAUGCCACCGUCCACUGUAACGUUUACAAGUUCCAGUUCCAGCAAGCUGGUGAUGUCCACCCUUGAAACAUCUGCAUCAGGUAUGAUUCAGUCAAGUCUUGUGGAAACUGACACAAUUUCUUUGUCAUCACUGAUUGGAGUGAAUACACUUUUAAGCACCGAGGAUAUCACAGCAUCUCCCACCUUACCCUCGGAUAGUUUUUUGAGCACUGGUAUUUUCAUAGACACCUCUUCUCUGUCUGAACUUUUAUCCUCAUCUUUGUCUCCAAAGAUGUCAAAUUACUUGACAUCAAAUUUGCCAAACACCCCUAUCACUGCUUCUUUAGUCAGUAUAACAGAAAUGUUAUCUGUCACACAGUCAUAUAUAUCAACAGGAACUCUUUUGACUGGUGGAGUGACUGAAAUAUCCAUGACCUCAACAUUCUUUCAAACACAUAGUUUGGGAGCUACGGGUGUGUCUGAGAUAUCAACUUCUAUCUUACACAAAUCUUCUGAAUCAGCUAUGUUAUCAAACAGCUAUCUUGUGUCAUUAUUUAGCUCAAGUACCAGUGAGUUUCCAUUUCUUAGCACAAGCAUGGCACCAUCACUUUCAUCUGUGACAUAUGUAAAUUCUUCAGCACCUACUGGUUCUAUUUCACCCUCGGAGCAAACUUCGACAGACAUGUUUUUAACAACUCUUCAACUAUCAACUUCAGAGAUAUUAAGCACAAGUGCUUUUCAGACAUCUUCUUUUUCUGUUUCAUCAAUGGCAAGUUUCCCAACUCCCGCUUUAUCAUCCACUGGUGGAUCUCUUGCACACUCUAUCCUUACGUCUACUGUCAGUCAGGAAACUACAAGUAUUGGGUUAGAAUCUGAUGUCAAGUCAAUGACCUUGUUCUUUUCAGAUUCUUCAAGUGAAACCUCAACAUUCUUGUCGUCUGAAAUAGCUUCCAGUCUCAAAUUUACACUUUUGAGUACCAUCAUGCAAUCUCCGUUCUCACAGUCCUACAUCUAUCAUUCUACUUUUGUCCAGCCAUCAAGCUCAUUGGCAUUAUCAUCUUCUUUGGGCUAUUCAAGUCCCCAUUAUAGGUCUUCUGCCCAAACAGCAUUUUCUCCCAUAUAUUCAGCAACGUCACAUUUCUCAAGUCAUUUUUCUGACUCCAAGACCACUUCUGUACCAUCAUUGAUCACAAGUUCUUUGCUUGAGACAGGGAGUUUAGUAUCAACAGAGAUAAAAACACAAUCAGAACUAAUGUCCACCAGUGUAUCUUCUGUAUUUCCAUCAACUGAAGAGAUGGUAAGGAGCUCAUUUUCUCUAGGUAUAUCAUUAUCAGUACCCUCCUUAUCAAGCAAUUUAAGAACCCACUCAGAACUGUCUACGAGUGUACCUUCCAUUUUCUCGUCAUCUGGAAGAAAGAGUUCCUUGCCAAGUCCUACGAUGUCAUCAAUCCAUUUGAGCACUCAACUUAUGCCUACCAGUUUACAUUCCAUGUUCUCAUCUACUGAAGAGAUGGUCAUGAGCUCCUUGUCAAGUCUUACUCCGUCAUCAUCAAUCCCCUCCUUAUCCAGUAAUUUAGAAACUCAGUCAGAACUGUUCUCUAGUGUACCUCCCAUAAUCUCAUCAACUGAAGAGAUGGUCAUGAGCUCUUUGAUUAUCCCUACGCCAUCACCAUCGGUACUGUCCAUUUCAGUGGUGAUGACAUCCAGCUCUAUUAUAUCACCUAGUCCUACUGUUUCUCAGACAUCUAUGACAGGCCAGACUUUAGUACUGCCUUCGCUUCCCAGCACAGAUGUAUCGAUGCCAAUAUCAUCACGCUUUGUUUCAGUUUCUGACAUCAAACCAACACCGCCAUCAUCCAGUCGACUUGGUGUUAUGUCCACGCCAGUUGUCACCACUCAACCAGCUACAACUCCGACAGAAACCACAACAGAACCUGAAAACCAGAGGCCUAUUAUCCAGUAUCCCAUUGAUGAAAUCAACAUUGCAUUAGGAGAUGUUCUAUAUUUCUCUAUCCCAGAAGACACUUUUCGUGACCCAGAGGAUGGGUUAACCUUUGACCUUGAGCUUGACCUGCUCACUACAAACCAUGAACCAGUGAGUUCUUCUCACUGGCUUCAGCUAGUUAAUAAUCAGCUGACUCUUGCUGGUAUGCCUUUAGACAGCAACCUCACAUUAUCAAGAAAUGAAUAUCUCUUGUCUGCAAGAGAUUCAGAGGGGCUGGUUACUUAUGAUGCAUUUGUUGUCAAAGUGCAGGAAAGAUCUUUAGAGUAUAAUCAUGAAUUAGUCAUCACCCUCAACAAUGACUUUCAAAAUUUUGUGGAAGAUAGCCAAAAUAUUGUUUCAUUAUGUGAUGGUAUAGCCAUUUAUCUUGGAGAUCGAAAUACUGAUGCUUUCAGUGUAGCUUCACUGGCUAAAGGUUCUGUAGUUAUGACAUAUUCAAAUAGAACCAUAACAAACAAGUAUUGUGAUUAUAAAGCUAUUGAAAAUAUAUUUAGCAGCAUGGCCUAUCCCAAUGGCACACCAACAAAUGACUUUGAAAAAGUUCUCUUGCCAAACUAUGAAAUUAGAAACAUUGGAAGGAUAUUCUUAAAUAUUUGUUCUGUAAGUACUUUUUCGCCUGUGACUAAUAUUACUGAGUAUCCUGGGACCAACCUACUUCUUGUGACAGUACUUCCAGCAUCUCUGCUGUCUUUCCUAUUUUUAUUCUGUUUCAUCAUCAUCUGUUGCUGUUACAAGCGCAGUAGAGGUGGGGAGGAGUUCUUGCUGCAUGACGAGAAACCUAUCUUUGCAAAGAAUCGCAAGCCAAUUUACCUAGAUGGAGAGCUUGAUGAUAAAGAACCCAAUAGGACUUCUCAUCCUGUUAUUCUCCCAAUCGAUGUAGACCCUGUAAAAUCAUCUCAGACCUUCAGACGAAAACCUCAUGAAUAUCAAAGGGAGCCAAAACCACCACCUCCUCAGUACAGACUGCCUGAAUAUGCUCAUGUGAACUUGGGUUAUGAUGGUUUUGAUAAUGAAGUUGAAAAUAAUGUGUAUGAAAUGGAACCUCCAACAUAUACUUCACAACCCAUUCUCCAUAAUGCAGCUGAUCCGAUGUCACUUCCACCUCUAUACAGAUUGCCUCCACCAUACCAGUCUCAAGAUAGAGGAUUCUUUGAAGAAUCGGACAUUUGAUUUAAUGCUAUCUCAGCCAUGGCGUGUUUUCCGUCAGCAAGAAAUUAAUCCACAUUGUGCUGCACUCAACCCAGGUGAGAUGAAUGGGUACCUGGCAGGAUUAAUUCCUUGAAUGCACCAAGUGCCUUUAGCAGCUGGAGCUACAGCCGUGGUAAUAUAUAGUGCGCCAAUAGAUAUUAAAUAGGAAACUGGAUAAAUCGGCGCCCCCAAAAUGCUAUGUAUUAUUAUUAUCUCUUCAUGUGACUCAGUUAGCCUAAAUAUAGUAGCCAGUUCAUGGGAAGGCUCUCAUGGCUUAGUAUUUAUUUCAUCAGGAUUUUUUUAGUGAAAGUUUUUAUUUGAUAAGCAACAUAAUAUUAAAUGAUUUUUAUGCAAGCACUAUCUCAAAUUUUAGUGAAAAUUAUUUUUGUAUCAUUGACUAAUGACUACACAUUUUCUAAAGUGAUGCUCUAUCCAAUAGAACAAAAUGAAAAAAAUAAUUAGGCUACUACACACAUAGGAACAAGAUUUCAAUCAUUACUUCAAACAAAACUUAAGGGGAAGCAACACUCACUUUACUCUGAUGAAUGUAUGUUUUAGCAAUAUGCAAUAGUACAGUAAAGUUUCAUGUGUAAUACUUUCAUGUGUAAAUGUAAUACUCUACACAUAUUUAAACUGAAAAGAACGCCAAUUCACAGAGACUUACAUUUAUCAUUAUUGAAACUUCAUGGUAUCUAGGAUGUUGAUUGGCUGCCGAUCCAUGUUACUAGUUAGUUACCAUAAUUGUAAGUAUUGCUGAAAUGACACCCAGGUAAAACAUCAAAUAUCAUUGAAUUACUGAAACCUGUACUUAUUACAUUCCAAGAUUAUCACAAGUAUGCAUUCAAAUUCAUUUUUCAACUCUGACUUAUUACUUUAAGAGGGAAUUAGUGCAUAUUAUAUUACAUGCAUGUAAAUUACGCCCCUAUUGUGACAAAACUCAUACAUGUUGAUUCUUAGAGAUGGGUUGACCAUUAUUUAAUCAACACCAUUCAUUAAUAACACUUUUUUUUUCAGAUGAUUACAAACCACAUUUACAUACUAUAUUUUUCAUGAUAUGUUACAUAGUUAUUCAGAUUAAUUCUUAUGUUCCCCUGUCCUUGGGAUUCAUCAUUUAUGUGAAUAUUUCUUUAAUUUUUAAAUUCUUACUCCUGACCCAUGUUAUAUUGUACAUGUAUGUCUUAGUAGAAAUUAGCUGACCAAAAGGCUUCUAAUGAUCAUGAACUUUGGUGGGACACAUAUCAUGAAAUGAAUAAAUUGAUUGUGAUAUUGCUUUCAGAUUUUGAAAAAUUAAGGGAAUAGGCAAUUAAAAAAAUAUGCCGUUAUGAAUAUUUGAAAUUUGUGAUUAAUUUAACUCUAACAGGCUUGGGGGCAGCAGAUUGGCACCCCCAUAGACAUUUUUUGUGCCGCUCGCUGACUUUUCACUUUGAAGUCUUGUGCAACUUUUGAGAUCAACUUUACAACACCAAGCGAUGUGGUUACAAUAUUGCACAACAUUGUGUAAGUGCAUUUCAGCCACAAAAUUGAUAUUAAAAAAGGGUGAAUUCAGUAAAAAUCCAAUGCAAAUCAUGUUUUUUUAGCAAAAAUUCAUAAAUGUAUCAUUUCUACUUUUACUAAUUAAAAUCAGUAAAUUUUAUCGGUUUUUAUCAGAAUUAAGACGACAACAAUUCCCACUGAAUAAAGCAAUAAAAAACAAAUGUUAAAAAAGAAAUAAAUGUUCAAUACUUAGACAAAGAAUUGUUAUACCCAUUUGUUUGUCUCAGUUGCAUAGCAUGCAGGGCAAGACUAGGUGCCGCUUUUCCGGCGAUUGCAGCGUCGUCAACAUUGAAAUUUUUACCAAGGUUAAGUUUUUGAAAUGUCAUC